UGGGUCUCGGCGAGUUUACCGGCUGAAGGUUGAUCACAAAAAGCGCGGCGGUUACCGGGCCCGGUCCGUGAGAAUUGCGUCCAGUAGACGUCUGGCAGGGAAAGACUCGUGGCAAGAAAUGACUGCCUGUGGGACUGGGGAGGGAUUCGGAGCAGUGACCUGGUGGGGGUUCAGCCCAGCAAUGGAUUUCCAAAAAGAAGGCUUAUCUGCAUCAAUGAAGGCUCUGCACUCAAAUGAAGAGAAUGUCCCUGAGCUGCAUAUCCUCAUGGUUGGUGCUGGUGACAGCCGGCAUCUCUUAACAACUAUCUGCCGGGCUCACCGAUGGCCACGGAGAAAGCUUCAUUUCUACGUUGUGGAGAAUAAUUUGGAGCUGAUAGGCCGACACCUUCUUUUUCUCACCAUUGCUGUGGAGCCCCUGAGGUCAAUGGGUUUACAAGAAAAGUCUGAACUCUUGCUUGAAUUGUUUGGUAAUAGUCUGAUAAGGAGUCAAACUGCAACCUAUCUGCAGGAGAAUGCUAACAACUUUAUCCACUACAUCACAGACCUUGAUUACCUUCAUAAGAAACUGCCAAUGGUUGACAUGUGUAGCCUAAAGUUUAAAGAGAGAGACCAGUUAGAAGCUAUUUUUAAAUUCUGGAGGAAUCCGGAUCCAAGGAUGUUUCAGAUCAAUAAGUUAUGGGACCUACGAAACAGGCAAUACCUGGGCAAUCGAUAUGAUUCGAAGCAGGGAGCCUAUGACUGGGACUUGCAUAUGAAAUUGCACGAUAGAGGAGCUUGUGUAAUCAACAACCGGCAGUAUUAUCAAUGGAGAGAUAAAGGCUUGGCAUUUGAGAUUCGUGAGGGGUUGUAUGAUGUUCCCAACAAAUCCCUGGCUUCAGGGCUGCUUAUGAAUUAUAAAGGAGAGAAGAUUCCUGCCCGUGGUUACUGGGGAGAUAUUGUCACUAGUCCAUACAUCGCCUAUGGAAUCACUAGUGAAGAAGAAUCUCUUCUGAAGAAAGCUAAUGGCAUCCAUGUUAAGACAGCACAAGAUGUCUCUCAGUAUAAUGUAACAGCCCUGCUCCAUGAGCUGGUUACUAAGGAGAGAUAUGUACUGCUGCCACCAAUGGAAGAGGCCGGCUUGAGUGAGAUUACAGAAGAAGAUGAAGAUGAAGCUGAGAUGCUGAAAGAGACUUCUCAUAUAAAGAACAAACCAACUCACAAAAGUGAACAGCCAGAGAUUGUGUUAGAGGAACAAACAGUGAGACAAUGCCAUGAGGUGGACAAUACAGGACCCAAUGGAAGCCCAUGUACAGCUGAAUGUGAUUACCUCCCAUUGCCUGAUGUAAAAAUUCAUUUCCUACCAUUAAACUGUGUGACAGAGCUUCAUAAAAAAAGCAAUUAUAGAAACCUGUUUAAUGUGAUCUACUUCUCCUGCAGUAUGGUUCACCAGUUAAAACCAGAGUUGAAGCAGAUUGCUGCACCUCAAGCAACUCUAAUUGUGGAAUUAACAAAGUUUAUGUUAGAUCUGCGGAAUGAAACAAUAACCAAGUUUGCCAGCCGAGCUGCUGAAUUGGCAAUGGAGGCCGGCUUUGUGCCUUUUGGGAGUAUGGAUGGCGAGAAAGACUCAUUUGUACGAUUUGAACUAAAAGAUGGCCCAUAACUCUGAUCAUCUAGUGUGAGGUAGACCUGAGGCAUCAAACAGCUUCAGUAGUGAAUACUGAUUGUCCCAAUGCUUUUAAAGAUGAUGGUGGCUGGACUGGACGUGAUAUCAGGAGCACAUGGUCCAAGGACUGGGAUCACAUUUGAAAGCAACCAGCUGAGUGGAUUAUUAUUUCAAGCGUGCGGUGUCAUGAUGGAAAAUUAUUAUCCAUAAUAAUUUCUGCAUCAAAG